AUGAGUACAUACUUUUUUUACGAAAAUGGACAAGGCAAGAUCUACGAUGAACAAGGCAAUGAUGCCAUGGAAUGGUCUGAAGAAGUUGAUCCUUUUUAUUUGAAAACCCUCACUACAUUACGUGAAUACCAACAGGCACAGCCAUCUGAGCAAGAGCAAAUGAGAGGCGAACUUGACGAGAAUAUGAACGAAGUAUCUUUAAGGGUGAAUGAAGAAGAUAAUAACUUGUUUAAAGCUGCGAAAGCUGCCAGAUUUUCUGGUGUAUCUGAACGUACUGGUCAGCAGUGGGCUAAAAGAAUAAGAGAUGAACCUGAAUGGAAUAUAUUUGAAAAGCAAACAAAUAAGAAUAAGCGAAAGACAGGACAGCUGCAAGAAGAGCAUAAGGAGUUUAUUAUCGAUCUAUUCAAUAAAAACCCUCAAACAUGUGUGGAGGAUGUUGUUGUGAGUCUGGAGCGUUUGUUUGCGAAUUUCAGCUUAAAAGAAACUAGUGUUCAAAGAAGCUCUGGAAAAACUCUUCAAAAACGAUUCGAGUGGGUAGAGCAAUGGACAACAACUGACAUGGAUUUCCUCUCCAACUGCGUUUUCGUAGAUGAAAGUGGCUUUGAUAUAAACAUGCGUCCACCUUCAGCCUGGUCUAAAGUUGGUACACCAGCAAUUGUCGAAACAAAGUCGACUAAAGGGGAUUCUCAUUCGAUAUUAGGUGCCAUAAGUUCAAUUGGGGUUGUUGAUAUUGAGCUUCGAGUAACAGAAAAGCCUAAGCAACGUAAAGUUGAUGGUGUAGGACAACAAAGAAAGCAGACAUCAAACCAGAAAAGACGAGAGGGAGCUAAAACUGGUCAUUACUUGAAAUUCAUUGGAAAAACUCUUGAUGAAAUGGAUAAAAAUUCUUGUAUGAGUAAUUUUUAUAUUGUCAUGGAUAAUGCGCCCAUUCAUGCAAGUAAAACUAUUGAUGAAUUAAUUGCUUCAAGAGGAUAUAGAUGCAUACAUCUUCCUCGUUAUUCUGCCAAGUUAAAUCUAAUUGAACAAUUUUGGUUUGUUGUAAAAAACAAAGUCAAGAGAGGCGUUUUUACUGAUGAAAAAGAUCUCACAACAAGAAUUGCAGAUGCAUGCAAUGAUGUUCCUAUUAAAUAUUUAAAAGCUUUCAUACAGCACUCUUGUAAUCAGUUUAACAAGUGCAAAAAUAAAGAACCCCUCUAA